UCAUUUAAAGAUCACUUCAUCUCCCAACCGAGAAGCAGCAGCCAUUCUUAUCAGUCAUCACCCAGAAGUUGGAGGAAAAAGAAUCGCGUUUGGGAAGUGUGAGAGUGCGAGAAAAUGAGCGGAUCAGGGAAGAAAGUUGUCGAUGUGGCGUUCAAAGCAUCAAAGAACAUCGAUUGGGAAGGGAUGGCGAAGCUUUUGGUCUCCGAUGAGGCUCGCAAAGAGUUCGCCACUCUUCGUCGCACUUUCGAUGAAGUUAACUACACUUUGCAGACCAAAUUCAGCCAGGAACCUGAACCUAUUGAUUGGGAGUUUUAUAGAAAAGGAAUCGGCUCGCCCUUGGUGGAUAUGUACAAAGAGGCUUAUGAAAGUGUUGAGAUCCCCAAAUUUGUUGACACAGUCACUCCUCAAUACAAACCAAAAUUCGAUGCCUUGGUGAGAAUCAUGGAGAUGCUCGGCCCGCUUUUAACUUUGACUCGGGGUUUGUUUUAUGUUAUGUGAUAUGGCUAUUUACUU